UAUGACACGCCCCUCCAAGUCACAAGUUGAUUCUGGGAAAUAUGAGAACGUUUAGAAACUGAAGUGAAAUUAACAGCUCAGAGGAACAUGGUUUUAUCGGGAUUUUAGAAGGUUUUGGUUUAAUAUUCAGUUUGGUACAGGGAAUAUUUCAGCAUGGCAAAUGUUUUUGAGCAGAAAAAAUCAACAAAAGUGACGUUGGAUGAUACAACGGCGCUAUCGUGCUCCAUUGAAACGGCACAGAAGAAGGCAGAUCAUAUCGAAUAUAUCAUUCGAGUUCAGCGUGGACCUUUGAAAGACAACUCGUGGCAGAUCACUAAGCGAUACAGUGAUUUCGAGAAACUUGAUGCUCAACUUAAAUCUUCAAACGUUGAUCUUCCCCUUCCUCCAAAAAAAGUGUUCGGAAACUUUGACAGAGAAUUUAUAGCCGAAAGACAAAAUGGCUUACAGAAUUAUUUGCAAGCCAUCACUUGCAUCCCUGUUGUUGCCAACAGCAUAAUGGUGAAAAAAUUCUUAGAUGCCAAUAACUAUUCAUCAAACUUUCUCGAACUUGCUCUUCAACAUGUGUCCAUGAUAUUCCGGUCUGAACCCAACUGGGAUGUUGUGGAACCUUUUCCUGACAUAGGUUGGAGAAUACGGAAGCACUUCAUACUCAUCAAGCCCCUUGCUCAACCCAAAGUCAGACAAAUGCUUUCAUGGAUGGAGUUUGGACCUGACAUGUACCUACCAGUAAAAGAACUGACAGCCAUCAUGAAAGUUCUUCCUAUGAUAAAGCAUCCCUACAUAUAUCCAUGCCACUUUACAGCAGCCAAUGAGAAUGGAGGGAUGGUUAUCAGGGAUUACUAUGAGCCCGGAACUUUGAGAGACUACCUGUGCAAAUGUAAGCCCAAGGGCAAUUAUAUGACCAAAUAUGGAAAUCCAAAGAAACGGAUGCCACUGGACAUUGGCGCUGUGAAAACAUUUGGGAGACAGAUUUUGGAAGCUUUGAAGUUUUUACACGAUAAAGGUUUCCCAUAUGGUCACUUGCAUGCUGGCAACAUACUGGUCAUCAAUUCCUGCUGUCAACUCCUGGACAUUGAGAACAGCAUCAUGGGUCUGCCAGGCUACUAUAGGGCUUUCUAUACGCAAGUCAAGAAAGUACAGAGCCUGGAGACCAUUGAUGUUUACUGUUUUGGUCAAGUCCUCUACGAGAUGUCCUUUGGCUCUCAGAUCAACGCACCAACCUGUGAUCAAUUUCCCCCAGAGUGUCCCGCACAAAUCAGAUCGGUGUUGGAAUCAAUACUGACCACAGAAGCUUGUAAGAAUGGUCUACCAUCUGUGGCGGAUCUUUUAUCUCACCCCUUGUUCUGUGAUGUGUCUCUCCCACCCCCCGUGGCAAAACCUGUACUAAAAAUACCCAGUAAACUCAAAGAGUUUGUGAAAAGUGCCAAAGAGGAGAUUGAAAGUCGACUGAAGAGUGACCAGAAACUGCUGAAGCAAGUUCUCAGAAUAUCCAAAGCCAAAGAGUUCCACAUGUCAGAAGAGGAAAAGAAGAAGCGAAGGAAGUCACGAAAGAAAGCCCUGGAGAACGGAGUGUCUGACUCAGCGUCUAGCACCUCGGGAACACCAGCGGAGGCACCAGUGACACCAGCGCCUGGAGCAUCGAGUUGAGGUCUCUUCUGUCGUGACACCCCAACCUCGACAGUGAUCCCCCUUGGUCAUUAGGUACACAUUAUUUCCCUUAACUCAUGUUCUUCAUUAACUUUGUUGUCUCUGAUCGUAAUACUGGUCUUUUGUUUCCAGCUUUCCACAUAUUCAUUCUGCAUGACUUGUAGCUUCUUUUUCUCUUUUGAUCUAAUGAGCUGUACCGGGUACAGUUCAAGGUUCCGUUUUAUCCCUUUAAAAAAAUUCUUGCAGAAGGAAUACAAAUAUUUUUGUGUGUCUCCAGACACAUCUAUUCUCUGCACAAGCUAAAUGCAUGCGUCAGUGUCUCAUGAUUUGAAAAUGGCACAGAUAUACAAUAAAUGUAUUUUGUUCUACAUGCCCUUAUUCCAAAUGCAAAAUUAUUAUGCUUAUGCUUGCACCUUUUAGAAGGUCAAGAAUGUUCAAGAUUAAAACAUUUUUGAUCUGGUGCGCUGUUCACAUUAUUAAAGAGUCUAGCUAAAUUGUAUCUGCGUGAUAAAGAACACCAGUUUAGCAAGCUUCUGUAUAUAGUUAUGUGUGGUCCAGUUAUCAGGGAAGAAAUGGUAGGAAAAA